UUAUUUUUACACUGCAGCGCCGGAAGCUCACUGUGAGUCGGAAAACGGUGGUAAAAAAAAAAAAGCGUGUCGGGAAAAAAGGCCAAGACAGAAACACAUUAAUAUACCGUAUCACAAUGCUUCCUCUAUCUCUGCUUAAGACCGCCCAGAACCAUCCUAUGCUGGUGGAGCUGAAGAACGGGGAAACGUAUAACGGUCACCUGGUCAGCUGUGACAACUGGAUGAACAUCAACCUGAGAGAAGUCAUCUGCACCUCCAGGGAUGGAGAUAAAUUCUGGAGGAUGCCUGAGUGCUAUAUCAGAGGAAGCACCAUCAAGUAUCUGCGAAUCCCAGAUGAGAUCAUCGACAUGGUGAAGGAGGAGGUUUUGUCAAAGGGCCGUGGGCGUGGUGGUGCCCAACAAAACAAACAGCAGGGCAAAGGAAGGGGAGGAGGAGGAGGAGGAGGAGGAGGCGGCGGCGGCGGCCGAGGUCUGUUUGGUGGCCGUGGUAGAGGAAUGAGCACCGGCCGCGGUCCACCACAGCAGCAGCAGCAACAGCAGCAGCCGCAGCAGUCUGAUAAGAAACCAGGCAAACCACAGGGGAUGAAGAACCAGCACUGACCGAUGACAUUACACCUUUAACAGCACAUCCUUUUAUUCAGUCCUUUAUUCCUUCAGUACAUGACGUGUUUUCUUCCGCUCAGAUGUUUGUCAGGACUGACGGCUGCAGAAACCACACAGGGAGAACUUAAGAGAAGCUGUGCAUUUGCACUGAAUUUUGUUUUUUAGCAAUUUUAUGUUGGUAUGAACAUUUUUGUGGCCCUAAACCAGGGGAUCAGUAUCAAUCUGUAACAUGUGUCCUUAAAUAUCAUAAACCACAUGCAGUUAUUCAACACAUAGCUUUUGGUCAGUUGGUACACUGGAAUGAGGCUUUUCUUUUUUCUCCUCCAUGUAGUUUAGAUUGGUAAAAGGACUGCACAGCCCCAACUUUUUUUAAUUCCUUAAAUUUGCGCUUUAUUUCUGUUGUUUG